CACCGCGAGAGAAUUGCUGGCAGAUCGACCGCUCCUUUCCCGGCCAUGUCGUCCUUCGGGUCGACGCUGAGUCUCCCGCAGACACACCGCAGGAGAAGGCGGAAGGAUCUGGGGAGAGCCAUGCCUGUCGACAUGGACCUCGAGUCCAUCCGGGCGAGGAGGUCCCGCCUGGAGGCCCUGACUGCCUCCCUCCGCCUGCCCCCCCUCGCGCCAGGGGGACUUCCCCUGUCACGCUCCUCAUCCCUGCCAGGGACUCCGAGCGACCUUGGCUCUCCUCGCGUCUCGUCUGGAAUGAGUUUCAGGUCCCAGCACGAUCCCCUUCCAGAGAUCGGGCGCCAGCGGCAGGACUCCCCCGCGCCCUCCUGCUCCUCCUCCCCCCAAGGAGACGAGUUCCUUCCGAAGAUCACGAGUCCUGAAGUUCCCUUGGCGAUCCCCGAGGAUAAGGAGGGCGGGUCGGAGGUCGCGGAGAUCAAGUUGGAAGAUGAAGCGAAGAUAUAUGAUGAUAUAGAGGAAGGGGAGAGAGAGCAAGAAAAAGAGAAUGAGGAGGACGCAACGAGUAUACAGGGUAAGAUGUCCUCUGAGGAGCUGGAGGCUGUGACAGACGCUUCCUCAAAUCCUGAAGGUUCUCUCGAUGCCGCGGCGGAUGAUGAUAAGGACGCCCAUAAUGCCGACGAGAAGGAUUCCGAUACUCAUGAAAGCGCCGUGGAUGAAUGAGCGAGUCCUGCAAGUGGAUCUGGGAAGGCUAUGAACUCAUUGCAUCAUAGUUUAGGCGAAAGGACCUUUGAAGUUGACAAGCGUGCUAGGCUUUAGAUGUGUUUCCGUAGAUAUUUUCCUCGAACAUUUGACUGCGAAAAGUUCAUGCGAUAGUCCAUAUAAUUUGUCACGUGAUCACUCGCUUAUCGAUAUUGUCUUGAACGUGGAAGGGAGAGGAAGGAAGAGAAGUAGAGAAAGAC